AUGUUGAUGCUGUCUGAAUCGGACGUCAAGAGGGUUUUGACCAUGAAGGACUGCCUCCAGGUCAACCGGCUUGCGUUUCAAGCCGUCGCUGCCGACACCGCCCAAGUCCCCACUCGUCUGGGACUUGCUUACGCUGAUCCUGGUGUCUCGAAUUCCUCUUCCAGCGAGGCAGCUCAGGACUGGACGCUCUUUAAACCGGCAGCGUAUCAAACAAAAGAGCGUGAUCACAUGGGUCUCAAAGUAGUCUCCAUUCGAUCCAACAAUGGGAAACGGGGUUUACCGCUCGUUCCGGCUUCCAUUCUAAGCUUGCAUCCCUCGACGGGUAUGGUCCAGGCCGUGGUUGCUGGCACGUACUUGACAGCCAUGCGAACCGCCACCGGGAGUGCCCUCUCGGCCCAACUGUUGCGUCCAGACGCAGCCCACAUUGUUGUGUUUGGUGCCGGACUGCAGGCGGAAUUACACGUCCAGGCUCUGGCUACUGCCUUGGAAAAGUCGCUGCCACUCGUGACCCUCAUCAAUCGCACUCGCUCCCGAGCCGAGGCUUUGCAAUCCACUCUAGAAGCCACGGACUGGGUAGAUCACGUGCACGUUGUGGAUCUGUCGGAUCGCCUGAAGGUAGCCGAAACUCUAGCGACGGCAGAUGUGGUCGUCACGGCUACCAACACGGCCACGCCUUUGUUUGACGGUAGUUUGCUGCGUCCCGGAACCCAUAUUGCCGGUGUGGGAUCGUACACACCAGACAUGCAGGAAAUUUCGGCUCGGACCGUCGAUCGUUGCAAAGUGCUUAUAGACACGCCGGAAGCCCGAACCGUGGGAGAUCUGAAGAAUGUGUCCAUGUCGCAUCCGGUUGCUUUGUUGGGCGAUCUUUUGCAAUGUCAGGACGAGAACCGUGAGAAUGAGUGGAUGAAUAAGAACUCCUCUCCAUUCGACUGUACAUUUUUCAAAUCGGUCGGUACCGCCAUUCAGGAUGUGUUGACGGCCGACUUGGUCGUUCAAAAAUCCAAAGAACAAAACAUUGGGUUGGAAGUAGACAUGUCGUGA